UCAGCAUUCCCCGGAUUGCGGUUGUUCUUUUGCUUGCAUCAUCAGUGAAGAAGAACUUCAUGCACUUCCACAGGACAAGCUGACUAAUUCUGAGGUUUUGAGUCGUAAGCCAAACCAAUAAGAAGCUAAUAGCUUCAGCUUUGAGACGGUUGUCAUUUUGGCAUCCGAUAGUUCAAGCUGUGCCCUUUUUGGUAAGAAACAAGAAAUCUCGAUUGAUAAAUAUCGAUCAAGCACUCAUCUUUCUUUAAUUUUGAGUCACUUCUGUUGAUUGUUCAUUGUUAUAUGCUGGGGCCUGAUUUGUGGUUUAGUUGGUAUGAACAGAACCAUUUUAUAAUGUCUCAGAUUUCGGGAUCAAUUAAUGUCAUGUUUCUGCUGCUUUGCUUUCUCCGGCUUUAACUACUAUUAUGGAGUCUUCAUUUGUUGAUCUUAACAGUGAGGAUCCAACUACAAAUCAUGAAGCAUGGUGGAAAUUCAAAUUAACUCUCGCUUUGGAUGUUUUAUCCUCGUCUGGAAGUCCACUGCUUUUGAAGUUUCUAUUUGAUUGAAAUCCUUAACGAGAUGUUUUUCAAUACAAGAUCCUAAAUGGGAGUCAGUUUGAAUUUCUUAGAAUUUGAUUUAACCCUUGAAAGUAUCAAAUUUACUCUCAUCCUGGUAGCUUUACUUUUUUGAAUGGUUUUUGUCAUUUGAUUGUAGUAAUAUUGUGGUCACAGAGGUACUUGCAUGGGAUUGAUCAUUACGAUUGCAGGUAGAAGGUUCAAUCUUUUUAAUUCUUAUACUUCAGUUUGUUACUUCUUCCGGAUGGAGCCGCUGCGUGGUCGAAACCAGAAGACCGGUCUCACUGCAGUUGAGCGCAAGAUUUGUGUAUAUUACCCGGACUUUCAUGGAGGAAAAUUUGGAAAGCUUUGGGUAUUUGGUCCAAAUUACAGGAGAUUUGGUACCGAAUUCUCAGUGUGUUUUAAGGAGGAAGCUAUGGAACGCAUACGGAGCAACUCACAAAUUUCUUUUCAAGGAGUUAUGAACGCUAUAAGAAAUAUGGAGUCAGAAGUGAGAGCUGCUUAUGCUGACGAUGUGGUGAAGGAUUUGACGUGGCCUCAGAUUCAAGAUUUGAUGAUUCAAGAUGGUUGCUUCUUUCUUCUUCUGGCAUUCUCAAUUCUUGGAGCCGAUUCACAAAAAUUAAAGUAUGCAGAGAAUCAUCCUGUUUUUGGCGUAGGAUGUGCCACUGAAUACAUGGACAACAUUUUAGAGUCCAUGUUCUUUGUUGGAAAUCAAAUCCCAUUCAUGGUACUAGAGGAGCUUAUGCACCUUGAUAUCUUUCAAAGAAUGAAAGCUACAAUUGGAAGUAAGCAGCAGCAAUUGGGUUUGGCCAAAAGAACCCUGUAUAAGUUCUUGAUGGUUAAGCUGGUUCCAAAACCAGUCGACUUACUCCAUUGCCUCCAGAGCAUCAUGCUUGGCCCAAAACGCAGCUCGAAUGCAGCUGUGAGGAAAAAGGUCGAUGACAUAGAGGACUGUGUUUCUGCUAGCAAAUUAUCUGAACAGGGUGUGAGAUUCCGAAAAUUAGGAGGAGAAUUGGGGAUCAGAGGAAUGCAUUAUGAGUGCAAUAAGUUUUCAGCUGUUCUUUACUUGCCUGAUCUGGGGGUUGACAGAUACACAGAUCUUUUAAUCAAAUGUCUUCUGAAAUAUGAGACUGUUCAAGAACGCCAGGGGGUCGAACCUGAGGCAAGUUCCUACUUUAAGUUCAUGUCCGACCUGAUUCAUAAACCAAAAGAUAUUGAAAUCCUUGUGUCUGAAGGAGUCAUUCAUGGAAGGUCAGAGAGAUUACAAGGACUUCUAAGCACUUUAGAUGGCAUGGCUUCAUCUGGAUAUAUGCACUCGGUUAAAAGAGAGAUUGUAAGAAAUCCCCCCUGGCAGUGGCAAAUGCCUCUAAAGUGCAUUCCCGUUAUUUGCUCGGCUUUAAUAGUUUUGUCCAUCAUGCAAAUGUACCAUAGCAUGCUUUCCUUCGACAAACUGCAAAAGCCUUGAGAGCUUGCUUACCAGGAGUUUUACAAUAGAUACUUGUGUAGUUUAGGUGGCAGGUUUUAUUCUGCUUCCAAUAGGAAGAAGGAAACAGAGUUCUUGAUAUGUUUCGACAUUUCUGUAGGUGAAAUACAUGCUUAGUUGUGGGCUA